AUGGACUACGUCCUGUCGAAGGAAGAGUUGGAGGAAUUUCAACACAACAUCCCGGAAAUACCAUGGUUGGGAUACGAUCACAGACCGUCCGAAGUGGGCGAAUUUGACGACUAUGCUCUGCAGCGAGGAUGGUCGAGAGAGAAACUGUACGACCUCAAAGAAGGUAGACUCGGCAAUCUAGAACAAGAAGGCUUGAAGGCGUUCCUCCAGAGUUGGUUCAGCAUCGGUUUGUACGAGAUGGCGCUCCGACGGAGUCUCGACAAAGAUGUCUUUAUUGUCCAAAGGGAAUCGGCUCACUUCUUCACUAACGAGCCAUUGCGGCAGAUAUUCAAGGAUCUGCGAGAGCAUUUCGAAAACCUGCCGAGAGACGACCCCCACAAGAUCCAGGUGUUGGAGCAUUUAGUCCAUGUACUGGCAUCGGCCAGCGUCUGGAGCCGAAUGCUCGGCGAACCGCAACUGUUCGUAAACGUCAACCCUGACUUCUGCGAUGAGACCUACGAGAGGAUCAUGCGGCUUUUCACGCUCAGCGGCGUGGCGCUGCAGUAUAUGGGCGAGGUGCUUGCAACGUUUGUCCAAGGGAGCUUUCGAGGCCGACUGCAGAACCCCUGGAUUCCCAUUGAUGCAUAUCAGCGGUCUCUUGCUGAAAGAUUGGUGAGACGUGGCUGGUGCCCAUACGUGCGGACCAUGUUGAGCCCGGUCAAUAUCACUGUUGCAGAAUACGCCGCGAUUGUUGGACCUCCAGUCACCCGGUUUACGCACGACUUAUGCUCAGCCCACGGCUGUGUGCGGCACAACAUCGACGAAAGCACGUAUAAGCCCAGGCAUAUCCGCUCGGGAUGUCAAUGCGCUUUCGUACGACCCAGCUUGCCUCGGAUCGCCGAGGUCCUAGACAGUGGGCGAAUACCUUUGAUCGAUCUCAACAGGAUCUCGGAAGCGGAAGAUGGCAGCAUGACUGUUGAGGUUGUGCCCAUGGAAGAGUCAUCCGUGUUCACUGCCGUAUCCCAUGUUUGGUCUGGCGGUCUGGGCUCGACCUCGGAAGAAGGCCUCCCGACAUGCGCUGUCGAAUACCUGGCUGGCUAUGCCGAAGUGGCCGGGUCGUCGAAACUGAUGUGGAUCGACUCACUUUGCAUACCAAGGGAAAAGCGGCUGCGGAAGAUGUCGAUCACCGGGAUGAACAAGGUGUACACCCGCGCAUCCAGGACGCUGGUAUUGGACCCUGAGCUCAUGCACGCGGCGACAGCCCACACUAAUACUCGACGGUUGCUGCUCUGGGUCACGACUGCGGCGUGGAUGCAGAGAAUGUGGACACUCCCGGAGGGCCGCUUGUCUCAGCUCCCUCUCUUUGCCUUCAAUGACGGCGUCGUAUUGCUAUCCGACCUCAUGAAAGAUGCAGAUCAUAACGACUCCGACAACCCGGUUAGCGGCGCCCUGAUGCCUGAUCUGUACGGCUUGUUCUCAGCGAACAUCAAUCCACUUCGGUAUAUCCAUCAAUCGCUUUGUUACCGGACCACGAGUAAGAGAGAGGACGAGGUGCCCGCCCUUGCAGCGUUGUUCGACAUCGAGCCCCGGCGCAUCCUCGAUACCAAGGCGCUUGAUGAUCGGAUGGCUAUGUUCUGGAUAGCUCUCCGGGAGAAGGUCAAGAUUCCAAUGAAUAUUCUUUUUCUGGGCGGCGAGAAAUUGCCGAUUGCAGGCCUUCGUUGGGCGCCUAGAAGCCUUCUCAAUGCCGGCAGGCAGUUGAGUCUGCUUGGACCGCCGAAAGGAGUCACCGCAUAUGACGUUGACUUGAGCGACAGCGGCACCUUGACCGCCACCUAUGUCGUGAUACGCUUGGAACGCAAGUCCAGAUUGCUGCUCAACAAGUUUAAUCCGAUCAAACUCGCCGUCAACCCGGAGCAGGGCUCCAGGGAGGUGCCCGUUGGCAUGUUCACGAUACUUGUCAUGCAGAGGACAGAAGAUGCUGGGAUCUUGGAGGACAUUGAUGCUUUUGCGGUAAAUGUAACGAACCUAGAGGCAAGAGCAGGACGAGCUCUCGCCAAUGAACUGUUGUCCUCAGUAAAGACAGUCGUCGCGCUGACAACAGAGAGCUCACCACCUAGGCCACUUGAAGCGGAAUCUGCUGCAGGGCUCAAAGACGAACCAACCAGCGAUGCACGCACUCACUCGUUCAGAGCGCGUUAUCGAAUGCAGUUGUCACCAAUCGAGACGCGAGGAAAUGAACUCAUCACAGGAUACGUUGGGUGGGCACGGAUAUCGAUAUCAUAA